GUCAAAUGGAGACCCCAGAGGAUUAUCAAAAAGUAAAACUUAAAAGGAACUUGCCUCAUGGCAGUGGCAACAAAGAUGGGCAUUCUUUUCCUCAAAAUCGAUCAUUUGGACAAGGGAGAGGUUUGUCGACUUUCCAACACUACCGUGUGGUCAUCCUGUGUUUGGCACUGUUGGACAUUAUCCUGCUGGUAGCUGCUGUUGCUAUUGGGAUUUGCUGUGUCAAAGCCACUGAGGGAUACGUCACCCUCUCACAAGAUUCAGUAGCUGCCUAUACUGUGGAGAUCAGCUUUCUUCAAGGCAACCACAGUAAUGUGAUCAAGAGUAAAGAGGAGGCCCAGCGAGAGGCCAAGAAAGAGCUCGCCAGCCAUCAGGAACUGAAGCUGCAGCUCAAGGAGCGGAAGGCCCUCAACGAUGGCCUACAGAGCCAGAUUGAGGGACUUCGGCUCGAGCAGCAGUAUAUCAAAUCCAAUAAUACUGCCUUGGAGGAAAACUGUGGCUAUUGCCUACCAAAAUGGGUUUUUCUCAACUCGACCUGUUAUUUUUUUUCCGACCCUGAUUUAAAUGACAAAAGGACCUGGCUAGAAAGUAGAGCAGACUGUAUCAACCACGGGGCGGACCUUCUUGUGAUUGACAACUGGGAAGAGCAGAAACUUGUAAGUGAUAACGUCCCAUCAAGGGGGACUGAUGGAGUUUGGUGGUCAAAUGGAUUCUGGAUCGGCCUCACUGACAUUGAGGUGGAGGGGACGUGGGUCUGGGUGAACAACGUGACGCAGCAGGAAACUUUUUACUGGAUUGAAGGGGAACCGAACAACCAUGGACAACAGGGUGAGAACUGUGCAGCUUUAUACAGCAGGGGCGAUCCCAGGCACACCUGGUAUGAUGGAAAGUGCAACCAUCAUAGGUAUAACUGGAUAUGUGAGAUGCAACCAAAAUAGUCCUGUGGAUUCUCAUGUAUGGAUAGUAGCAAAACAUUUUGGAAAUUAUGUUGCGUUUCUAUAUGGUCUUUGAAAUCAUUGUGGUCCGAUGGCGGGGGGGGAUUAAGCGAUCUCAUAUUGGUAUUUUUCAUUCACCUGUCCAAUGACUUUGUUUUACUCAAGGCUUACUGGUAACUCAACCUGAAAUGCAGGCCUAUCAAGGUUAUAUCAAAUAA